UUUAAGGAGAGAAAGUAUAAAUGACGUCGGACACGAUGUCUGUUCCUUAGUCGUCACGAGUCGCACACACAAUGCAUUACGCGUCGCACAUGUUGCUGUACUAUAUCGCACUUUGGUGCGCAAUUAACGAUGGAAAGGCAGCAAGAAGCUCAGUCAAUCCGGAUAUCCUAGCAAACUUUGCUAAAAAUGUAGCUUCAGUACUCUCGCCGGUCAUCUUGGGCGAGGUGCAAUCCCGCUAUAAUCGUUCGUCUUUCCAAUCCACGGAACCCGCCAAUCUGAAUAGCGACGACUUGAAUGCCUCAAUUCUGGAUAACAUGGUCGAUAAAACGUUAAACGCAGCCGCUUAUUACGAACCACGCUCUUAUCCUUAUGGUGGACUCUUAGUUGCGACCAAUGCGAAUUCUCCCGAAGGACUCAAAGGGUCUGAAGCGAACGAACGUCUCGAUGGAUCUCUGCGAGAUGAUCCCUACUUACGUCAGGAGCAACCUAACUUCCAUAAGUCUUACGCUUUUCCAGCAAACAACGAUAAUUUUGAUGCGACUUCGAAAUCCAGCGAUAAUAUCGACUCGUCAAUCGGUAAUAUCCAGGAAUCGUCCACCAAUAUUUUUUCUUCUUAUCAUGGCGCCGGCUUUCCGAAGGCAGCUUUCCCCCACGGACCUUUCUUAGAUAAGCCUUACGGUGGCUUCCACGGUUUCGGGCCGUACGGACACCAUCAUCAUCCGUAUGGAGGUGGAUCUUCGGAGGAGGCGAGCUCGGAGGACAAUGCGCGAGUGGAUUACAAUAGGACCAACUAUGGAGGCUACGGUUCGCCCUAUUUCGGCUACCCUCAUCCCUAUUCCCCAUUUCCUUACGGAGGAUACGGUAAUCGUGACUCCUACGGACCCUAUCAGGGAAACGGAAAUAACUCCUCUGGAAACGGACGCAAUGGAUAUUAUGGGCACGGGCCUUACUAUGACGGGCCCGAUUUUUACGGACCGCCCGGUUAUGGUUACGGUUAUAACGGCAACAAUAAUAGAAACAAUAAUGGUAACAAUAAUGGCAAUGCUAAUGGCAAUGCUAAUGGCAACACUAAUAGCAGACAAACCGAAGAACCGGCUGGCAAUGGCGAUCAAAAUAACUCGACAAAAAACGGAUACUCGCCUCCUUAUGGGCCCCCUUGGGUCAAGCCCUUGCUGGGGACUUUUCACCUCCACGGCCUCCCAUCCCCUUUCAAUCUUCUGCCCUACGACCAUUUCCAUGGAGUGUUCAAGGGCGGCCCUGUGGUCGGGGUUGGCCCCGUUGGCUAUCCCAUAUAUGCCGAUCCUUAUCUAGCUGGAUUCCCGUUCCAUCAUCCUUACGGACCUUUCUUUCACGGUAAAAAAUAUCUACCGCCGAAAGGCAAGCCCGCCGAUUCCGGUGAAUCGGGCGAAACAACGGAAGCACCAGCUGGACUCACGGAAAACGAGAAUCCCGAACGAAUAACUGCGCUCAACGAGGAGGUGGUAGCCCCAGCUCCAAGUUCGAAUCGAUACAGGACAUCGGGCGGGAAGGAGCUGAAGCGGAUCAACCUCGUUAAUUUCGAGAGUCGAAGAGUCUGAUCCCUGAAACAUUAAACUUGGUAGAAGGAAGUGAAAUUAAAAUUAUAAUGUACCGUAGUAAAAGACAUAAGGAAAGUAUGACGUAAUACGAAAACAUUUAAGUAUUAUCUUCUUUAAAAAAAUUUUU